AGCAGAUUAUUCAAAUAGGGCACUGAAGGAGUGAGGAUUGGAGGGUUGAGCGCUCAGCGAAACACAGUGCUGCUAUACCACAGCAAGGCGAGGAGCCAACGUCAUUAACUCCUGUCAUCGUCAGUCGCUUUACAGUGUCUGAAGGCACUCAGGGUAGAAAGAUACCCAUGAACCAACCAGUUACGAGGCAGCAAGCAGACUAAACGACCUGGGUAGCCUGUGGUCCCAAAUCGGUUUUAGGGACGUUUUUCACUUCAUUUUCUGCGGAGACUGAGGCUUUUGAGGGAAAUUUGUUUUGGACUGUCCACAAUGCUAAGCGCUGUUAAAAUGGAAGGACACGAGCAUUCAGACUGGAGUGCUUACUACGGAGAGCCCGAGUGCUACACCUCAGUUGGAAACAUGACACAACACACCGGUCUGGGAAUGAACUCGAUGAACACCUAUAUGAGCGUGCCUGGAAUGACUUCAACCAGCAACAUGACAGGCAACCCCAUGAACAUGUCAUACGUCAACACGGGUGUGAACCACUCCAUGGCCGGGAUGUCACCGGGCUCCGGGGCCAUGCACGGUAUGGGAGCAGGGAUGGUGGGCAUGAGCGCGACCCUGAAUCCGAAUAUGAGCCCCAUAAGCACCCAGUCUCCAUCGAUGAAUGCCCUGGCCUCCUAUAGCAAUAUGAGCGUUAUGAGCCCCAUGUAUGGACAGUCCAACAUAAGGUCAAGGGACCCCAAAACAUACAGGAGAAGCUAUACGCACGCCAAGCCCCCAUAUUCCUACAUUUCUCUCAUCACCAUGGCCUUACAGCAGUCUACCACAAAGAUGCUGACGUUGAAUGAGCUAUACCAGUGGAUCCAGGACCUCUUCCCCUUCUACAGACAGAACCAGCAGCGCUGGCAAAACUCUAUCCGCCACUCUCUGUCCUUCAACGACUGCUUCCUCAAAGUGCCCAGGUCCCCGGAUAAACCAGGCAAAGGAUCUUUCUGGACUCUUCACCCGGACUCAGGGAAUAUGUUUGAGAACGGCUGCUAUCUCCGAAGGCAAAAGCGGUUCAGAUGCGAGAAAGACCUCGGCAGGGAAACCGGGAGGAAAAAUUCAGAGGGAGGCCCUAACAGCAGCCCAGAGAGCUGUAACGGCAACGAAUCACCCCAUCAUACCCUGUCCGUUAAAGACGUCAAACGGCCCGUAUCUGACCCAAAACAUCUGCAGCAGGUAAUGAGCCCCGCCGAGCACGCGCCCACUCCUGUCCCACAGACACACCAUCUUCCGUCUCAACAUCAUUCGGUGCUCGUGCACGAAGCGCACCUGAAACCCGAGCACCACUAUUCAUUCAACCACCCUUUCUCCAUCAACAAUCUAAUGUCGUCGGAGCAGCAGCAGCAUCACCACAAAAUGGACCUAAAAUCGUAUGAACAGAUGAUGCAGUAUCACGGCUAUGGUUCACCGAUGACCGGGGCACUGUCCAUGGGCUCAAUGUCAACUAAAACCGGCUUAGAUGUUGCUUCGACACCCACAGACACUUCUUACUGCCAAGGUGUGUAUUCGAGGCCAAUCAUGAACUCUUCUUGAUUUUUAUCUGCAUUCAAUUAACUUUUUCUAGCAAUUACAAUUUGUACAUUUGUAAAUUGGUAGUUUUUUGUUUUUAUGCGUCACAUUUUAUGGACAUUGGACAUGGAAGGGACUGUCUCAGUGUCAAAUUAAGUUGAUAUGAGAAGAAAUGAUUUCAUACAGCCAUUUUUACAUGAAUUUGAAGGCGUAACUGUGCUACAAAUUGUGAGACCAUUUUUUGUGUAUCCCUUAUAACUUAUACGUUGUUCAUGUGUAUUCAUGUAGCUGCUGAAAAUCUAUAUUAAAGUAUUAUUUGAUGUUUUUUUA